AUGCCUCCCGCAUACGAAAUCGCUCCCGCUCCAGAGACUUCCUUCUUCACCCCCGCCCAAGUGCCCCCUGCGGGUACCGCGCCGGCCUCUGUCCAGAAGAAGCCUUUACCGAAGCUCUUCCAACCCAUUGAGAUUCGCGGCGUCGAGUUCCAGAACCGCCUUUGGGUCUCCCCGAUGGUCAUGAUGUCCGCUGGCACCGACGGCAAGAUGACGCCAUUCCACAGCACAAUCCUCGGCGCCAAGUUCAUCCACGGCCCCGGCCUGACGAUCGUCGAGGGCACCGCCGUCGUGCCCGAGGGCCGCAUCACCCCGCACGACCUCGGGCUCUGGUCGGACGCGCAGAUCGCGCCGCUCCGCGCCGUCGUCGCCCUCGCGCACAGCCAGGGCCAGAAGCUCGGCGUGCAGCUCUUCCACGCCGGCCGCAAGGGCUCCGUCGCGCCGGUCUGGCACGCCGGGCACGAGGUCGUCCCGCCCGGGGCGCGCACCGGCGGCUUUGCGGACGACCUCGUCGCGCCCUCGGCGGUGCCGCACGACGUCGGCGUGGUCCCCCGCGCGAUGACGGUCGAAGAUAUCAAGGCGAUGGUGCGCGCGUUCGUCGACGCGGCGCGGCGCGCGGUCGAGGCCGGCGUCGACGUCGUCGAGGUGCACGCCGCGCACGGGUACUUGCUGCACAGCUUCCUGAGCCCGGUGACGAACCGGCGCACGGACGACUAUGGGGGGAGCUUCGAGAACCGGGCGCGGUUGCUCCUCGAGGUCGUCGACGCCGUCCGCGCAGUCGUUCCCGACACGAUGCCGCUGUUCGUCAGGGUGUCCGCGACGGAUUGGCUCGAGAAGGUGCUCCCGAACGAGCCGUCGUGGACUCUCGAGGACACCGUCCACCUCGCGACGCUCCUCCCGGACCACGGCGUGGACGUCAUCGACGUGUCGACAGGCGGCAUUGACCCUCGACAGAAGAUCGAGGUCGUGGGGGCCGCCUACCAGGCACGCUUCUCGGAAGCGAUCAAGAAGGCGGUGGGAGACCGUCUCGUGGUCACCGCGGUCGGAGGCAUCAGAGACGGGCACAUCGCCGAGGAGGUGCCACAGAAGGGACAGGCGGACGUGGCGAUGGUCGGGACGGCGUCGUUGAAGAACCCGGCGUUCGUGCUUGCGUACGCCGAGCAACUGGGCGUCGAGGUGAAGCCGCCGCAUCAGGUAGAUUGGGUGUUGUAUGGGCGCGGGAGCAUGUGGAGGUGGAAGGACUGA